AUGAUAAUCUUCUCUGUAUGGGGAGCUGUUCCCUUAUCCACCGCACUCCUUUUCACUUUCUCACUCGUAUCUGCCGUUCCCAUUGCUGCGCAAGCUGAAUGGCCUCAGCUCACGGAUUCCACGUUCUCGUCAUCCCUCUCCCGCGGUCUAUGGUUUGUUGAAUUUUUCAGUCCUCAGUGCAGUCAUUGUAAGAAGUUUGCUCCCACAUGGGAAGCGUUGGUUGUCGCAAAGACGAAGCAAUGGGGCCCGUACGGAUUCUUCAUGGCCCAGGUCAACUGUCUAGCGCAAGGAGACCUUUGUGAUGCGAAUGGUGUCGAGGCCUAUCCAACACUGAAACUAUUCCGUGAUGGCGUCGAAGUCAAGAAGUUCUCAGGGAAGCGGUCUUUUGAGAAUGUAUCAGACUUCAUUGAUGCCAACACCCGUGAAAUCCUCCUCCAAAAAGACGCUGUCACCCGGCUAGCUUUGGGUGAAGUACCCAAUCCAACAGGAGAAGUUUUAGUCCUAGAUCCCGAAUCAUUAGACGCACACAAGUCGAAGGGAAUACCCAUGUUUGUCAAGUUCUAUGCUCCAUGGUGCUCACAUUGCAAGCAUCUCGCUCCAAAGUGGAUAGAACUUGCCGAAGCGGUGAAAGGUAUCCUUUUGAUAGCUGAAUUUAAUUGUGAGGCCAAUAAGGCUGCCUGCAAGAAGGAAGGUGUUCCUGGAUUCCCUCAGUUGGUCUUGUUAGUUUUCCAAGGGGGGGAGAAAACCGAAUACCGUGGGAAGAGAGAGCUGGCAUCUAUGCAGGAUUGGGCGACGAAUGCUGUAUCUGCGAGUGGCGUAUCUGAUGUUGGCCUGCGUGAAGUUGAGGCAUUGUUGGGGAGACAGCCCGUCUUUUUCCUAUACAUGCAUACCCUAAUGUCAAAUCGUGAAGAAGUCGAAGAGGUCCAACGUACUGCUCAGGUCUUGCUUGGCACACCGCCCUUUUAUAAAACGCGAGACCCGGACGUAUAUAAUCUUCUCGGUGUGGAUCCCAAUCGCGGCCCGGCUUUGGUCGCAGUGAAGGAUCAUGAGCCUAGAGCCGUGGCGACAUUUUCGUUAUCUGUCCCCUAUGAGCGCGAGUCUACUGUAGCAUGGCUGCAAUCGCAGAAAUUGGCAACUUUGGCAGAACUCAAUACGCACAACUUCGACGAGGUGAUGAGAAAUCCUUCGAAGCCGAUCGUCGUUUUGGGCGCCUUCGAUGGAAGUACGUCGCAGGACCAAGCGGUUCUUUUGCAGAUCUCCAGGGAAUGGCGAGACCGCGAUACAAAGGUCUUCAAUCGACCGGUGGUCUUCGUCUGGAUGGAUAAGACGAAGUGGACUAAAUGGUUGAAGAGCAUGUACGGUAUCAAAGUCACCAGUGGAGCGGCCGUUGUUAUCUCGGAUCAUAGCGUUCUCAGAUAUUAUGAUCGUGAUGCGACUGGUCAAAAAAUUUCCCUGAACCAGCAGAGUAUUUUUUCUGCCCUCGAUGGUAUCGAUCGGGGCACGGUGAGCAGCAAGCAUUCAGAGAAUCUCGCCGAGCGCACCAUUCGAGUGAGUGGUUUUCGCUCGUUCGUUUCAUGUUCUUAA